GGUCCGGUCCUUCCUGACAUGGAUCUGGGUCGUCAUUCUACCCCGGGUACCAACUGAUCAUUCAAGCUAAGUCAACGAAUCUAAGCAAGGUUUUGAUAGAAAUGGCAGGUGAGGAUUAUGGAGAUGACCUUGAUGCACUCACUUCACUCCUUGAUGACGAAGACGAUGCGGAUCCAUACGACAGCGGUGAUCCUUUCUCAGUAAAGAGCGAACACUCGCAGCAAGUGUCACAAGCAGUCAAGAAGCAAGUUACCAGUCAUGAAAGAAAAAAGAGAUCUGUUGGAUCCAGUCAGAGCAGUGGGGAUGAUGAAAAGUCAAAAGAAGAGUUGAUAGAGGAACUGCAAAGGUUGCGAGAACAGAUGGUUCAGAUGAAGGGAGGUACCCCCGCUUCAUCACAGAGUAGCUGCCCAACCAAGGCUUGUCCUAAGAAAGAAACCUUUUCAGAUGCACUCUUUGCUGACCAAACACCAAAACGAAAGCAAAAGAAAGAUUCUUCAAUUCCAGCCAAGAAGGAAUCUCACAGUAUAAAUUAUGAAGAUUUUGAUAAUGAAGAUGGACUGUCAGACUUGUUUGAUGAUGAGAUGGAGGAUGAAGAUCAGGAGAAGAAAGAUGUCCGCAAAGUGACGCCACAAAAGGCCAAGUCCCUAUUCAAGAAGAACAAUAAACGUCAUGCUCACACCCCUCAGACUACAACAGCUCCUCCUAAGAAAGUGUCUCCUUAUAAGUGCAAUUUAUGUGACCAAACCUUUGACAACCGGCAAGCUAUGACUGUGCACGAAUUCAAGCACAAAGUAAGCCGAUACAGCUGUGAAGUCUGUCAGAAGAGCUUCACGAGCAAACUCCAACUGGAAACUCAUUCCAGGACUCACAAUACCUCUGAACCCAAGUCCAAGUCCAGUCCGCCGGAGCCAAGUAGCAAGGCAAGAAGUGGUGUCAGUGAUGGGGCUAUUGGUGGUGUGAGUAAAGGCAGCAGUGGGGAUGGAGGAUCGCAGAAGAUGGUGCCACAUCUUGGAGCGGGAUCAAAGCGGAAGCAAAUCAAAGAGGAAGAGCAGUGCGAGACAGAAUACUUCUCAAGGAUUCGCAUCAUAAAUCCUCUGGUAUCUUCAGCUGUGAUGAAAGAGAGGAUGAAGGAACGUAAGAUGAUUCGAAUGAGCAUCUUAAAUCACUACUCCAAGACGGGAGCAAUGGAAGGAGACUGGGUGACGAUGGGUGUUCUUCUACGAAAGACACUAAGAACAGAUACAAAGGGUAAACCAUUUAGCAUCUGGGUGUUGAAUGACCUUUCUGACCUGGAAGAGAAUGUAAGCCUCUUCCUGUUCGGUAAGAUUCAUGAGGAGCACUGGAAGACCGUUGAAGGAUCGGUGAUUGGACUCCUCAAUGCCUGUGUCAUGGAAAAGAGGGACAAUUCAAACUACAAGGAUUCUGGCAAUGUUCAACUUCGUGUCGACCACCCUCAGAAGAUUCUUCUGAUGGGAAAAUCAAAAGACUUUGGUCGAUGCAGAUCAACCAAGAAAGAUGGUCAACCGUGCUCACAAAUUAUCAACACGAGUGACUGUCAAUACUGUUCAUAUCAUGUCCAGGCUGAGUAUAAGAAAGCGGGCUCUAAGAGAACAGAUCUCAGCUCAUCGUACUCUGGUAUAACUCCCAAAUCCUUCAUGAAGAAAAUGCAGAAAGAUAAUGUAUUCUAUGGAGGAAAGAGUGUGGCUGUGCCAAGCAUGUGCGUGGUUGGUGGGGGAGUGAAGUCCCACUCCAAGGCCUCGAGUUUCAAGUCCAGCAAGCUGAACCUGAAGAGCCUUGGGGUGAAGGGAGCCGAUACCGUCAUGGAGGAGGCCAAGUCCAGCGUCCUGACCCUACUCGGCAAGGGAGAGAAGGAGGAAGAUACCCUGGUCAAAGUGUCGGGCGCCUCAAAGGAAUUCACAAACUUGCUGAAAGCACCAACCCCAGGAGCUCAGAAUCUUGUUAGACAUAUGGUUACAGUAGAGAAGACCAAGAAAAAUGUUGCUGCCAUCUCUGCUGACAACCUCCUGAAGCAACACAAGCAAGAGAUGGCUUCCAAAAAGGCUGCCAGAGCUCACGCCCUUGGCAAACCAUCUACGUCAUCCCCAUCCUCCACUCUGACGGAAAGCACCCGGUUCAACACGUCCAAGACUCCAGCUGAUGCUGCACCCAUGCUAGGGCGGGGUUGGAGUGGAGGAGGGGAUAUUGACCUGGGGGCAAGUCCCGUCAAGACGGCUACCCCACCCAGCAAGGGAAAGUCGAGCGCAUCCGCACUGAUCGCUAAACAGAGGGCGCUAGAUAUGAUCAACAAGAAGGGUGGCAUAGCAAAACAGGACCCGAAUGAUGUCGGGAGGAGAAAGAAGAUGGAUGAACGGCAGAAGAAGGCAGUGAAAAGAAGAGUGGAGGAAAAUUGGCGUAAAGAUGAACUCGAAGCUGAGCCCGACAGCUCCACCUGUUCUAGAGCCACAAAGAAGAGGAAGACAUUCCUGGGCCAAGACCUACAGAUGAGCAAAGAUGAGAUGGAUAAGAUCCUCAAAGCAAAAUCUAGCCAUGCUGGACUUCUUGCUGAGUAUGAAGCAGAACUCAUGGAUCGAUAUUUCAAGGAGAUGGAAAAGAAGGAGGGAUUGGAGAACAAGCUUGAUUCCAUCAGAGAGAUGAAACGAAAGGUGGUGUCUUGCAAGGAGUGCUCUUUCACUUGGUUCUUCCCCUCUGAUCUGUGCAAGAAAGAAGGUCACUCACUCCACUGGCAUGAGGCCAUGCAGAGGUUCUUUGUAUGUAAAGACUGUAACUCCAGGACCAUUGCCUUUGACAGGAUACCAACAAGAGCUUGCAGAUCCUGUGGAAGUACCCGCUAUGAAAGGACUAGUAUGCUCAAGGAGAGAAACGGGCCAAAGAUCGGAGGAGAAACCCUACUUGUUCGAGGAUUGGAAGAGAAGUACCUGUAACCUCAGAGCAGUGGCACUUCGAUGUUUCAUCAGGGU